UUUCAAACCUUCCUGCCAGGUAAAUUCGGGUCUCGAGAGGGGUUACUGGUUUACCUGGAAGGAGGGGCUGAUCCGGACUUUUGAAAAGCGUAGCCAUUUGUAGUGAAUCAACCACUGAAGGUCUCAGGAGAGAGAUCAUAUAAUAACUCUUCGUACUUCCCAGACAGUUUACCUUCCACGAGUAAAUGUUUCAGCUGUUGUGUGCGUACGUCGUGCGUCACGCAAUAGAAGUCACGCAUUCGUUUUGUUGAUGACGUUCAUAGGCGCGCGUAAUAAGUUGCGCCAUAUGAAUCCGACAAUGGCGGCAUUGAAUCUUCCUGAGAGUGAAGGUUCUCCAGAAGAAAUAUCGGAAAAACGACCGAAGUUAUUGACUAGAGUGAAGGCAGUGGUUUUUAAGAAUUUCUUGUCUAUAAGCUUAGUCUUUUUCGUAGCUUUAGGAAUUUUGGUUCCAGAACCCGGCGUCUUCUUCAGCGAACUACCGACCCACUAUGUCUGUGUCGUUGGAAUCUUUCUUCACAGUGGAAUCAAACUUAAAACAGGAGAAGUGAAAGACGCUUUUAAAGCGUUCAAGGCUAUGAUCUGGGGUGUUAUUUGUAUUUUGUUGAUUACGCCGAUUAUUGGCGGACAUUUAACUGGAUUGUUGCCAUACACUGUCACAAAGGGUCAUGCCACGACAAACGGCGUUGAAAUAAAUGGAAGUUCCUCGUCCACUGGAGGACACUCAGAGGGUAGUUCAGUACUUGGUCCAGUUUUUUUUCAAAUAGGAAUGCAGAUUUAUUUCAUCGUGCCGUGUACGAUCUCGUCUGGCGUUAUCUUGGUAAGUUUAAAACAUGUGUCAUAGAGCGAUAGGGAAUUUGGCGAGCUUAGGAAAGUUUAAUUUUUUCUCCAUUUAUCCCCCACACACACAUACACAACACCUGCAGAAUAGUAGGGUUUUUAUUAUUAUUUUUAUUAUUAUUAUUAUUAUUAUUUAGUUAUUUAUUUUCUGACCUGACCCUGUCCAACAUUUUGUCAAAGAUGUCAAUAACCAGUUACACAGAAUAUUUUAUAACCUUUAAGUUUUUCCUGCCCUGUGGGUCAAGAGGUCCAGGUUUGAAACCUGGCCGCGUAAAUGUAUUGGGUUUUUGGGCAAAACACUCACACUACCUCUCUCCACCAAGGGGUAUAGAAUUGUUCUUAAGAGUGUCUUUAAUUUUAGCGUGGACUGAAUGAACAUUUGAUAAAGACACCAACAGAACAAACAUGUGAUCAACACGUGAAACAUUUUUGAAGUGCAUGUGAAACAAAUGAGCCAAGGCAACUUCUCUCUUUGAAAUGCAAGUGUCCCACUUUUGUAAGAUUCAUAUGCUGACAGUUUUCAUACAUUAAAAUAGGUUGGAAAACAACUAUCUUACAUGUGAAACACUUUUGAAGUGCAUGUGAAAUAAACAAGCCAAGUUAACAUCACUCUAUGAAAUGUGCUCCACUUUUGUAAGAUUCAUAUGCUUGCAGUUUUCGCAAAUUAAAAUAGGCAGGGACGCAACUAUCUUGCUUGCUUGCUUUAAAAAUUAUUGACAUAAUGGUUCCAAAAUAAAUUAGGAUUAUGAUAUUGGUUAUAAUUUAAGUGUCUAAGUUUUAGAUAUACAAUUUUUUUAUCAACAGACAGCACAAGCUGGAGGUGCUGUAGCACUGUCAGUGCUGCUCACAGUGUUUUGUAACUUGGCUGCUGUAUUCACCGUUCCUCCUCUUGUGGCCUGGAUAAUAAAUUUUGAGAAUGUUAGGCUGGAUCUAGUAACAUUUUUGAUUAAACUGUUGCUGACAGUGCUUCUUCCAUUAUUGGUAAGUGUUAUAGCAAGAGUGUAAUAAUGCAAGAUUCAAUACAUGAAAUUCUUGGUGCUAAAGUUAAAAGAACCAAGUGACAGAUAGGAGGGUGGCAAAGCAGGUAUCCUGAUCUCGUUUCAUGCUUGAAUAUUUGGAAAAAUGCAUGUUUCAUGUAUAUAAGGGGAAAAAUUUCAAAUUCUCAUCUUGUGUACAAGGUUUCAGGGAAAUACUGAAGUUUUUUUGUGAAAUGAUAUGAAAAAUCUAUGGGUCACAUAUAUUUCAGGAGGCAAAUUAAACUUGAUUCUGGUUCAUAAAUUCACAAAUCUCACUGGCCUUUCUGUUAAAUUUGCACGUCACAUAUUAAUUUGGCCUUAAUCACAGAUUUAAUGAAUGUAACCGAAGAAGUUAAAAUUCAUAGACUGCAGAACAGUUGCAUGAUUCAACUAGUUGUUUGCAUUGCUUUCACUAUCUGUAAGAUGAAGAUAUGUCAAGUUUUGUGACUCCUGUAAUUACAAAUGAUCAAAUAAACAAUUUCUUUUCGAGACAAAAAGAUGCCUAGAUGUUACAAAGUAUUUGAACUAGAUACAAGGGUUUUUGUUGAGGGAGGAAAGUGGUAAAUCUGAAACAAGCAAUUAAGGUUUAUCUAGCUUUGAAGGCAACCAAGGCCUAGCAUGUGCUCCUUUAUAUUUUUGCACACAGACAAACAUUUAAUUCUCUCACUCCCAAGAUAUCAUUUCUAGUCUCGUUACUGAAUGCCAUACAGUUCUUAUCAUGUUAGUUCAGAGAAUUUAGCAUUGGAUCAACUAAUAACCCCCUAAUUGAUAUUUUUCUUCAUUUUCAUCACUUGCCUUUGUAUUGUAUUUGUAUUGUAAGGAGUACUUCUGUCUUGGUUCCUCACAGAAGUUAGGGUUAGUGGCAUUUGCUACUGGCACUGAGAUAAAUUUUUUCAAUUUUUUUUUCUUCUUUAUAGGUUGGCAAAGGUUUGAGAUAUAUACCCCAUGUGAAGCCAUGUGUGAAGAAAUAUUCCAAUACACUGAAAGUGAUCAGCAUCAUACUAUUGACUAUGAUUCCUUGGCUAAAGGUCAGCCAAGCAAGUGCACAAAAAGCCUUCACCGGAUUCUCUGUUGGAAGUGUUUUUGCUGUUAUUGGAUGGGGCCUAGCAAUGCACCUUCUUUUUAUCAUCAUUGUCAUUUUUCCAUGUUUUCUACUGAAACUGGAAAAAUCUGCUCUUAAGUCAGUUGUGAUAAUGGCCAGUCAAAAAUCCCUGGCAGUCGCAGUAUCAAUAGCUGGUUAUCUUCCAUUUACGCAAGCUGAACAAGGCUUGCUAAGCUUGCCAAUGAUUUUAAUUCACCUUGGAAUUCUUGUGGCUGAUUCAGUGUGGGCAUCUUGGUGGUUUGCACGGGAUGCUAAGAAAGAAAAAGAGAAAGCUGACCCUGGCAACAUGGCGUUAAAUGGAGAUGAGACUACUAAUCAAACAACUAAUGAUGAGCUGGAUCAUUUAUGUUGUGAUGCAAAUCAACAGUUUCAUGUUUCAUCUGUUUAAUGACCAAAGUCAUAUCCCAUCUUUCCUCAAAUAAUGGCUGUGCUCUAUUAAGCACCCUCCCCAAAUUAGCACCCACCCUCUAGGCCAUAAUAUCAAACAAGCACCUCUCUUGAAUAAAUACCCCCAUCCCCCCUCCUCCCUCUUUUUCUUAGAUAAUAGGGAUACAAGGAAAACCUGUUUUUAUUGCCACUUUAUUUAAUGGAUUUUUAAGCUUUAAAAGUGCUGAAUCAGUUUAGGAGAAUAAUAAGUGCCCUCCUAAUAAGUAUCACUCUUUUUUUUGCCUCAAAUAAGUGCCUGGGUGCUUAUUCAAGGAAACACAGUAGCUCUGAAGUAAAUUAUUACUCUGAAUCGAGCUUUAGUGUGGUCUUCAUUUCUAGACUUGUUUAUCUUGACAUCAGUAAAUCACUUGGUACUUGGCACAGGGGUAGUACAUGUGUCAGUGAGAAGGGGGAAGAAGUAUAUAUUGUAACAAAAUUAUCGAAUGUGGUUAGCUAUCAUUAGCCCGAUUUGAGAACUAAUAGGACAGCGUACACAUCACGCUUGUAAUUGGACAAGCAUGAUAUGUACGCUGCUUUUGUAUGUGAACAGUACGUGUUGUGUGUGGACUGUUGUUGUGCAUCUCCUGAAAUUAUCAGUUGUUUUUUUUUUUAAUGAAGACAUUUCAUCAGUCUAAUUUCUUUCUUGAAUUUUGUCAGUUUUGAUUAAUUGGUAACAGAACUUUGUGUAGUCCAAUUCUGUUGGUAAUCAUACCAGCGAUUAACAAAUCACUCGACUCAGGCCUGUUGCUGUUAUUAACCCUUUGACCCCUCAAAAGAUUGUUUAUUCUUUCUCUUGGCUGCUGCACUUUUCCUUGUUAAUUAGUUUUGAGAGUUUGUUGUUAGAUCAAGAUAAGAACUUCUACCUGGUAGGUUUGAGUAUUCUCAUUACCUGUUCACUGGAUAAUAAAUCUCCUCUGGUAGUUAAAAGGUUAACUGUUUACACCCCAACAUCAGUAUGCUUAGUCGCAGUACUGUUCAUAUACAUACAUUUCCUAAAGUGCUGUAAGGGAUAAUUUGUUUAAAAUUCCAGUGAGUCUUUAAUUGGUGAUCACUUCCUUUUAUGUGUGAUCCAGGAGUGAUAUUAGAAGGACAAAUGAGAUGUUAGUUAUUCUUAGGGGUUGAUUGGUUAACAAGGAGGAGUUCGACUAAACUGGGUUUUUUUUUUUUUCAUAUUUAGUAAUCUGGUGGUGGGGUAUGUCUUCAAGUGUGUCUCUUGUAUGUUUAGAAAAGGAGGUCUUUAAUUAUUUAAUCAAUUGAUUAUUUAUUUUUCCAUUCAACUUUGCUUUCUCAUUUCAUCUAAGUAUGUACGAGAGUAAGAAUUCACUCUCAAAAUUAAGGCCUGGAGAAUUCUUAAUAGAGAAAAGAAGCCUGAAGCUUCUUCGCCCUAUAUCAGAACAAAUAAUUAUACGCUUGAAAAAUAAUUUAAAUACAUAAUGACCCACUUAAUUUAUUGCAGAGUCUUCCACAUAUAUGUUUGUCUAAAAGCAAGCAAUCAAAUUAUGUACUUUCAAUUUUGAAAUAGCUGAAAAGUCUAUUGGAAAACACCACUUUCAUGGUCUGGUUAUAUAAUUUUCUGUUCUAAUGAUAAAACACGUCAGAUCAAUUUCAUUUAUAGAGAUAAAUAAUUCCAUUCUAUUAUCAUUUUAUCAAUGUUAGUUAUAAAAUUAAUGGAAGUAUCACACCC